CUUAUACGCGGUCUCGCAUACGUAAAAUCGAUUAUAACAUCGAUAUAAGAAUAAUUAUAACACGUUUUCUUCAAUGUGUUAAUUAUUGCGUAAAUCUUGAAUGAUUUUAUUAUUAUUUAGAUAAAUACGAUUGAUUAUACGUUACAAUAGCAGAACGGCAAUUUUAAUUUUUUAACUGUCUUUUAUCUAUAGAAUGCCAUGAGUGAUCUCAAGAUAGAUCUGUCUGUGCCUUUUCCAAGUGCUCGAGAAGCAGAAGUUGCGUAUCAAGUGCUUCGAGUUGACGAAGAACCACCAAGAAGCGGAGUCACAAAGAAACUUGUAUUAAAUAAUAAUAUCCUAGAAGUAUCAUUCAGUGGGAAGGAAGCACGGAAAGUACGCGUGGGACUUGGGGCCUUCUUCGAUAGUUUACUACUAGUCACGGAAACCAUUCAACAAUUUGGCCCACCUGAACCAACGUACAAUCACUACUGCGAAACUAAUACACAUGAGUAA